AUGGGGGACUCCAACAUCAGCCACAUGGUAGCUUAUACAGAGAUGCAGGAGAAUCUCCCAACAGGCAAAUUGUAUCAUUACAUGGAUAACUAUGAUAUGGACUAUGGCAUCCCUCCUGAUGAGAUCCCAGACACCACGCAGGGCCAGGCCUUCUUUGUGGCCACCAUUGUUAUCGGCGUGGUGCUUGUCUGCAUCAUGCUUGUCUGCGGGUUGGGAAACUUCAUAUUCAUCGCCACGCUGACACGCUACAAGAAGCUCCGCAACCUCACCAACCUGCUCAUUGCCAACCUGGCCAUCUCAGACUUCAUUGUGGCAGUGGUGUGCUGCCCGUUCCUGGUGGACUACUACGUGGUGAAACAGCUUUCCUGGGAUCAUGGAUUGGUACUGUGCGCCUCCGUCAACUAUCUCCGGACCGUGUCGCUCUACGUGUCCACGAACGCGUUGCUUGCCAUUGCAGUUGACAGGUACAUGGCUAUAGUCAAUCCCCUGAGGCCUCGCAUGAAGUACCAAACCGCCUACUGCCUGAUAACAGGAGUCUGGAUUGUUCCCAUUCUGAUAUCAAUUCCCUCCGCCUACUUUGCCUCUGAGACCAUGUACCCUCAUGGCGGCACCACCCCAACCACUCACAAAGUCUUUUGCGCCCAGAUCUGGCCUGUGGACCAGCAGGUCUACUACCGGUCCUACUUCUUGUUUGUUUUCGCUGUAGAGUUUGUCGCACCUGUGAUUGUCAUGGCGAUGUGCUACGCCCGAAUUUCCCGCGAGCUCUGGUUCAAGAACGUUCCAGGUUUCCAGACGGAGCAGAUCAGAAAGCGGUUGCGCUGUCGCCGCAAGACUGUGAUGGUCCUGAUCGGGAUCUUGACGGCGUACAUCCUGUGCUGGGCACCGUACUAUGGCUUCACCAUCCUACGAGACUUCCAUCCAACACUCAUCUCCCGCCAGAAGAACUCGUUGGUGGCCUUCUACAUCAUUGAGUGCAUCGCCAUGAGCAACAGCAUGAUUAAUACCUUCUGUUUUGUCAGCGUCAAGAACAACACAGUUAAAUACCUGAAGAAGAUUGUCCUGCUGCGCUGGCGGUCAACAUAUGCCCCCAAUAAGACUGUGGAUGAGAUGGAUAUGAGGACGUCCUCCAUGCCUGUCACAGAGGAAAUCGAAUGCAUUCACCUCAGGUGA